UCUGUUCAGUUAAUACAUUUCAAAGCUUGACGGAUACACAUACAAUAUAAAAGGAACUCUUUAGACAGACUUUGUUUUAGUCUGUAAAUCCAUUUGAUUUUAUAAUGUUUGGUUUUAAAUGUUAAGCGGUGGGGUUAUUGAUGUCUCCAUUGUCAGUUGUUAUGAAUACAAAGUUUCUGAGAUCUAAACGGGACGGACGGACAGACAGGCCACACAAAACUAAUAGCAUCUUUCGGGGGCCGCUAAAAAUACACCGUUUUGUAUACACCUUCCAAUAAGGCUUGUCUUCUAGUCCGAAGACAAGGUCGUCUUAUAGAACAGAACGUCAAAAAACUAUUCAUUUAGGUAAUAAUGGAGUCAAUCAGAAACUAUGUUGACAUGAGAUUGGAAAAGAGCUUUAUUGCGUCAUCAAAACUUUCGGUCGGUCGAAAGGAUUACCAACUUGGCAGCUAAAAGAGCAAGCACCUGUUCUCAUUCACUAUGACCUUUGAUCUACUACUCUAUAUCGAUUUUUUUUUCUUGCUUAAUUGGUUCAGCCUCAGCUAUUGAUAUGUUUGCCAUCAGCUAUUACUAUAGAGUUGAAGAUAAUCUACUUCCUCGAUCAAAACUCCCGCAGGACGUCGUGGAUGGCAGCGGGCAGGGUAUGAACCCGGGACCAUCGAGACGACCGAACGACAGUCCAGCGAACACACCGCAUGACCAGACUAUCUGGUGCGAUUCGGACACUGAUCAAGAUGAGCCAGGAUCUGUGCCGCUGUGGUAAUGUCAGCCUUUUGGUCUACCUGCUUGUGAUACUUUUCGGCGUUUCCUCCUGGGUGGACAUCAAUGGACUGUGGGUAGAGCUGCCGAUACUAGUCCAACACUUGCCAGAGGGAUGGGACCUCCCCUCGUAUAUGGCUGUUAUAAUCCAGAUUGCAAAUGUCGCCCCACUGGUGUACACCAUAGCAAGCGCCCUCUACCCGCAUCGUGUCUUGGAAGUGCCAGUCAGCUACCUGAUCAUCACCCUGGGAGCCAUUUCGUGUUUCCUGAUGGCGUUUCUCUGGGACGCCACGUCCAUCAUAGCUGGACAACUGCAUAGCACGGCUCUUCUCGCUCUGCAGUUCUGUCUGGCGCUCGUGGACUGCACGUCGUCCGUGGCUUUCCUGCCCUUCAUGUCCAGGCUCAAGCCACAGUACAUGCCGGCCUAUUUUAUUGGCGAAGGAUUUAGCGGACUUAUACCCAGUCUUGUGGCAUUAGGCCAAGGAGCAGGAAGCAUGAAGUGUGUUGAAGUACCCUCGUCACCGAGUGGAAACACAUCCGUCACACAAGAGAAUACCAGCCUCUAUUUUACAAACUACUCAAUAAACCAUACAGGCACCACGACUGCAAAAUUAAAUCAGUUUACAAACUUGACAACGAUAUCUUCCUUUGCAACAUAUCCAGUCUACGAAGAGGCGAGAUUCUCAGUGCGAGCAUUUUUCUUGUUUCUGAUGACACUUAUGAUUUGCAGCCUUAUUUCGUUUGUGCUUUUGAACUACUGGUCGUACUGUAAAAGAGAAUCUGUUGGUCAAGGUGACGACGAGGAAGAAACUGAGGAUUCACAGAUUCAUGUAUUCGAAGAAGACUCUAAACCUGUGGAACUGAGGUCUAAAACCGCUUUAUUUAUUAACAGCAAUGAUUAUGAUAUAGCUCAAGUAGACCUCAUUUCUAAACGUGAUUCCAGGCAAGCUCUGAAAAACUCAAAAUCCCUAAAGGGGAAGAUAACUCGUUCGAAAUUCGCCCUCUUCCUACUGCUUACAGUCUGGCUGAAUGCCUUGUCGAAUGGAGUCCUCCCUUCUAUCCAGACGUACGCUUGUCUGCCGUACGGUAUCCAAGCCUACCACCUCAGUAUUAACAUGGCCAGUAUCGCUAACCCCGUGGCCUGUAUCGCUCUGAUUUUCUUGGAAAUGACUUCAUUGACCAAAACAAUCUUGACGUCAGUGUUGGGCACAGUCCUAUCUGCUUACGUUGUCUUUACUGCGGUGUCCAGCCCGUCCCCUCCAUUGGUGGACCAUUUCUCAGGAUCUAUCAUAUGUAUUCUUUCCUGGACCUUGCUGGUAUUUAUUUUAACUUAUUCUAAAGUUGCCAUAGCAACUGUACUAAGAAGCAAAGGUAAAAGAGGUCUGUUGUGGGUCGGAGCAGCUUCCCAGGCAGGAUCUCUGACAGGGGCUUUCAUCACCUUUCUGCUCGUGAAUGUAUACAAGAUUUUGACUGUAGGAAACCCAUGUCUCUAGUCUACGUUCACUUCUGGUCUGUUGUUACCAGGAAGAUAUUGUGAACUAUUUAUUGAAAAGAAAUUACGCAAAUCAGCCGCCAGUCAAAUAAAACGUUAUCAGAGGAUGCAGCAGUGGGCGCCUCCCCGACUCCAGUCGUUCCAUUUGUUUGCUGAUGUCACUUAAAGCCGAUUUACAAAUCUGGAGGAGAAUGUAAACGGGGCUUUAUUUGUAUUCUAAAAGCCAAAAUGAAGUGGCAGUUGUCGUGUGCCUGUUUAAAUUUUAGUAUAAAAACCUUCAAGAUAAAAUAAAAUAAAACUACGACAUAAUCAAAAUGUCCAGUGUAGGUCUACAUUGAGUGUCACGUAGAAAACUUGAAUCAAACAAUUUGUACAAAUAUUACGAUCAAUGCUUCUGACACCACUUAUUGAAUUCUAAGAGUGUAAUCUGUUUAUCUAACAUGUAGGCCAGUUGAGUCCACAGAAAUCUCAGACAUGCGUAUAACGGGCCACAUCACUGCCAACCGAUUUUUCGAGGCUUCACUGUGGGCAGAAUUUGUGCAUUACUGAUCAGGCGUAUACGACAUUUGUAUUUGAGAAUUAAAUUCUCCCACGGGUUCACGUAUGAUUAAUUGCAACUUUAGCAAGAGAAAAAGAUAAAUACGAUUCUUAUUCAAUAGAAAAAAAGUUCGCACGCUGAAAGAUGAUUGCUUAAUUUGUCUACGUACCGGCGUUUAUUUAUGGUCGCACUUUUUGGUCACACCGUGGCAAUGGAUACAUUAUGACGUCAUUCAAAAAAAAAUCAACAUUUUGUUGAGAAAACUGAAGAAUUAAUUUUCUGUAGUAUGUAAGGCAGAUGAAUUGCUCACGUGUUAAGAUUGACUUUGGCGGAUGUGAACAUAAAUAUGAGCUCUGGACUCACAUUGAAAAUAAAGCGAAAGAAUCGGAAAUUAUUUUUUUUUAGCGGAGGAAAAAAAAGUCAUUUUUCUUGUACACUUUGCGUUGCUCAGUUGAGGAAGAUCUAUUUGCAGCAGACAGGUGUAAGGGCAGACCACCACUUUUUGAUCCUCCUGGCACUGCUACGCUCUUCAUUGUCUUCAGAGCUUCCUUGACUUGGAUCUCUGAAGGUCGCCCUGUCAGCAUGCUUUCUGUGUGUACACUGACGUAGCUAGAAUGGGGGAGAAGGGGGGAGAAUUUGAAAAUCCCCCCGGGCCCCCAAAUGAGGGCGGCCCCCAAAUGAGUGUUUUUUAAAUAAAAAAUUUAAUAUUACGCAAAAUGCAGGGGCCCUCAAAGAGGUCAAGCCCCCGGCCCCCCAGACGAUGAAAAAUUCCUAGCUACGCCCCUGUGUGUGUAUUAUGUAUAUGACAUUUUUGUUUAAAAAGUUUGGGCGCUUGAAGAACUGGACUGGGGUAGGGAUUGAGGCAGUAGUGGUUAGUGUCCGCAUUUACGACGGUAGUGGUAAGCACUUCAAUUCCAUUAUCAAAGAUUAUGUAUUUGUCUUUUUGUUCUUCCUUUUGUGAUUGAUCUGUUGUUUUAUUCUUUUUUUUUCUACAUUUAAUUCAAACUAAAAGUUUGAGGUAAACACAUAAUUACUCUAGUUCAAGCAUUUAUGUUGUUGACAUCUGAAAGGAAAUCUAACAAGCGAUGGUAUUGUCAAAUAAAUAUAUGUUCAAUUUA